AUGAGUUGUUGCUUGUUCAUGCAGCCCACCAGCACGGGUUUCGAGAACCGUACCGCGCCGCCGCCCCCCAAUCCGGACCCCAACCCAGAGAACGAGUGGCGCGUUCUCGCCUGCAUCGAGCACAGUAAGUGCGAGGCGCGUAUCGUCGAGGCCGAAGUGCCCCUUGGCACGGCCCAGCAAAUCCAGCCCACAGAGAAAGUUGCUCCCGCUGGUUCAGACGGCUCGGUAUCAGCUAUGACAGCUGUCGGCCCCUUGACUACCACAUUCACGCCUCCAGCAAGCUGUAUCGCUACCGACCCCCAGCUCUAUCAAGUCUGGUCCCGAACCAGCUCGAGUUAUGUUGCGGGCCCUCUUUUUACAGCCGACUCCAAUUGCUUCCCCAAGAGCUACAAUCCAGUCCCGACGAACUAUUACUCUCCAGGCUGGUGUCCGCACGGGUACACGAUCGCCUGCUCGACACUCGCCUCCACGGGUAUCGAAACAGAGACGGCUGCCGUGUGUUGUCCGGGCAACCUGUCUUACACUUGCCUAGCUUCCGGCAAUUCAGGCCAGCCGUUCGUCGGGUGCACGACGGCGUGGUCACGCGCGGAAGGGGUCCUCGGCGUCACGGUCGUGAAAGACGGAACGAUCGACGGGACGACGUCCGUAACCGAGACAGCGAACGCCAUCACAGCCUACGGCAUCCAGAUCCGCUUCCGGUCUAGUGACCCAACACCGGCGCCAAGAAUUGGCGAUCUUGGUCUAUCAGCCAUGACGCAAACAUCGCCAUCGCCGAGUCGGCUUCCCGUCCCAGCCCAAACUUCCCCCCCGCUAUCCUCCCUUUCUUCCUCAGCCACCAACGACGGCAUAAGCACAGCCGCCAUCGUCGGCAUCGCAAUCGGUUCCGCCGUCGCCGGCCUCUUGAUCGCCGGCGCAAUAAGCCUCUUUUUCUUCCUCCGCUGGCGCCGGAAACAUCGCCUCGAGAAACAGGACACCCAAUGGCCCUCGUUCACCCCACCCCCCGUCCCCCCAAAGGAACCCAUGUUUUCGUCCUCUUCCGCUGCCAGCCUGCCCAAGAAGUUGCGGCAUGAAAGCGCAGCGGCUGCAUGGCGCUUCGAGCUCUCCGAGGAGGCCGCCUCGCCGCGAAGACCCUCCAUGGCGCAUUCCAAAAAGGACCUCGCCACCAGAUCCCCCGCGUUCACCGUGUCGCAGUCGUAUGCGAUGUCAUCGUCAUUGAUGGGCACGCGCGAGAGCUUGGUGCCGGCGGGGUAUGAUGUGGUGGAAUUGGAGGCGCCAAAUGAAGCGGUGGAGAGGGACAGGGCGACGCCCGCUUCGGAAGCAAAUGGGUGGGCCGAUAGGCAGCCGAAGGGAGCGACAGCGCAGAUGCCUUGGAUUUAA